AUGGCAGCCAGCGAUUCAGCGGGCGAUGAUUCUUUGUAUCCCAUUGCCGUUUUAAUCGACGAACUCAAAAACGAAGAUGUUCAGCUUCGCCUCAAUUCGAUAAAAAAACUAUCAACAAUCGCCCUUGCCUUGGGCGUGGAACGUACGAGGACGGAACUCAUCCCUUUUUUAACGGAAACCAUUUACGAUGAAGACGAAGUUCUACUGGCCUUGGCUGAACAGCUGGGCAGUUUCAUCACACUAGUUGGCGGUCCAGAGCACGCCUACUGUCUCCUACCGCCCCUCGAAAGCCUAGCAACAGUCGAAGAAACCGUCGUCAGAGACAAAGCAGUCGAAUCUCUCAGAGCCGUGGCUCAGCAACACACACCGCCCGAUUUAGAAAACUACUUUGUACCGUUGGUCCAGAGAUUAGCCACAGGAGAUUGGUUUACAACUAGAACGUCAGUUUGUGGAUUAUUUUCCGUGUGUUAUCCUCGAGUGUCCGCUGUGGUGAAAGGUGAAUUGAGAUCGCACUUUCGAGCAUUGUGCCAGGACGACACCCCGAUGGUGAGAAGAGCCGCGGCCACCAAACUCGGCGAAUUGGCGCAGGUCGUCGAGCUGGAGUACUUGAAAUCAGAUCUGAUACCGCUGUUUGUUAACCUAGCCCAAGACGAACAGGAUUCGGUGAGGCUGUUGGCGAUAGAAGCGUGCGUCAGCAUCGCCACGCUGCUGCAACAAGAGGACGUGGAGCUGCUGGUGAUGCCCACGUUGAGGCAAUGCACGGGCGAUACUUCUUGGCGCGUUCGGUACAUGGUGGCCGAGAAAUUCACCGAAUUGCAAAAGGCCGUCGGGCCCGAAAUCACGCGAACCGAUUUGGUGAGCGCCUUUCAAAGCUUGCUGAAGGACACCGAGGCCGAGGUCAGAGCGGCCGCCGCGAAUAAGGUAAAAGAUUUCUGUCAGAAUUUGGAUAAGGCUCAUCAAGAGAACAUCAUCAUGUCGAACAUCCUGCCGUGCGUGAAGGAACUAGUUGCCGAUCCGAAUCAACACGUCAAAUCGGCGUUGGCUUCUGUCAUAAUGGGUCUGAGUCCGAUACUCGGCAGGCAUAACACCAUCGAGCAUUUAUUACCUCUAUUUUUGACGCAACUGAAAGACGAAUGUCCCGAAGUCAGACUAAACAUUAUAUCUAACUUGGACUGUGUUAACGAAGUCAUAGGAAUACAACAACUCUCCCAAUCCCUCCUGCCGGCCAUAGUAGAAUUAGCCGAAGACUCGAAAUGGCGGGUGCGAUCCGCCAUCAUAGAAUACAUGCCCCUGCUGGCUGGCCAAUUGGGCCGGGAAUUCUUCGACGAGAAACUCAACACGUUGUGCAUGACAUGGCUGAUGGACCACGUGUUCGCCAUCAGAGAAGCGGCCACGUUGAAUUUGCGCAAGCUAGUCGAUCAGUUCGGCGCCGAAUGGGCCGAGACCACGAUCAUACCCAAAGUAUUGCAGAUGUCGCGCGAUCAGAACUAUCUCUACAGAAUGACGUGCUUGUUCUGUAUCAACGUGUUGGCGGAGGCCUGCGGCAGCGACAUAACCACCAAAUUGCUGUUGCCCACGGUGCUGAGCAUGGCAAACGACAAAGUGGCCAACGUGCGGUUCAAUGUGGCCAAAACGCUGCAGAGGAUAGCGCCGCAACUCGAUCAAUCGGUGAUCCAGCCGCAAGUGAAGCCCGUCCUCGACAAGCUCAACGUGGACAACGACGUGGACGUGAAAUAUUCGGCAUCAGAAGCGAUCAUGGGCAUUGCUGUCCAAACGAGACUUCACAAAUCAAGAUUAUAA